AUGGGUUCGUCGCUCCUGCCAGAUCUCGGCACCCAGAUACUGAUUCCGGUAUGCGGGGUCAUCGGAAUCGCCUUCGCUCUGUUCCAGUGGGUGCUGGUCUCGUCCGUCAAGCUGUCUCCCGCCGGCGGCAGGGAUGCGGCCAACAAGAAUGGGUAUAACGACUCUCUGAUUGAGGAGGAAGAGGGGGUGAAUGACCACAGCGUCGUCGCCAAAUGCGCUGAGAUUCAGAACGCCAUUUCCGAGGGGUCAACCUCCUUCCUUUUCACUAUGUACAAGUAUGUCGGCAUCUUCAUGGUUGCCUUCGCUGUCCUCAUAUUUGUGUUCUUGGGAUCCGUUGAUGGAUUUAGCACAAGUCACCAGGUUUGCACCUACGACGCAACCAAGAUGUGCAAGCCUGCCCUGGCUACUGCUGCUUUCAGCACCAUAUCUUUCUUGCUCGGUGCAGUGACUUCUGUGGUUUCCGGGUUCCUUGGGAUGAAGAUUGCUACCUAUGCAAACGCUAGGACAACACUUGAGGCAAGGAAAGGAGUCGGAAAGGCUUUCAUUGUGGCCUUCAGAUCUGGUGCAGUCAUGGGUUUUCUCUUGGCUGCAAAUGGUCUGGUGGUUCUCUACAUUACCAUCAAUCUCUUCAAGCUUUACUAUGGUGAUGACUGGGGUGGCCUUUUCGAAGCUAUUACUGGUUAUGGUCUUGGUGGAUCUUCCAUGGCUCUCUUUGGUAGAGUUGGUGGUGGAAUCUACACCAAAGCUGCUGAUGUUGGUGCUGAUCUUGUUGGGAAAGUUGAGAGGAACAUUCCAGAGGACGACCCCAGAAAUCCAGCUGUGAUUGCUGACAAUGUUGGAGAUAAUGUUGGUGAUAUUGCUGGUAUGGGAUCCGAUCUUUUCGGUUCAUAUGCCGAGGCAUCAUGUGCUGCUCUAGUGGUUGCAUCGAUAUCAUCUUUCGGGAUUAAUCAUGAGUUCACAGCAAUGCUAUAUCCACUCAUUAUCAGUGCAGUAGGAAUCGUUGUUUGUUUGAUCACCACUUUGUUUGCCACUGAUUUCUUCGAGAUCAAGGCUGUAAAAGAAAUCGAGCCUGCUCUGAAAAGGCAGCUCAUCAUCUCAACUGUUCUCAUGACCGUCGGGAUUGCUGUUGUUAGCUGGAUUGCUCUUCCAGCUUCCUUCACUAUCUUCAAUUUCGGAACGCAGAAGGAUGUGGCCAACUGGCAACUGUUCUUGUGUGUUGCUGUUGGUCUAUGGGCUGGACUUAUUAUUGGAUUUGUGACCGAGUACUAUACUAGCAAUGCAUACAGCCCUGUUCAAGACGUUGCUGAUUCUUGCCGAACUGGAGCUGCCACUAAUGUCAUUUUCGGGCUUGCAUUGGGAUACAAAUCUGUCAUCAUCCCCAUUUUUGCCAUUGCAGUGAGCAUUUUUGUUAGUUUCAGCUUUGCUGCUAUGUAUGGCAUUGCAGUAGCUGCCCUUGGAAUGUUGAGCACCAUAGCCACUGGCUUGGCCAUUGAUGCUUAUGGCCCCAUUAGUGACAAUGCUGGAGGUAUCGCUGAGAUGGCAGGAAUGAGCCACAGAAUCCGAGAGAGAACUGAUGCCCUCGACGCUGCAGGAAACACCACUGCUGCUAUUGGCAAGGGUUUCGCUAUUGGUUCUGCUGCUCUCGUCUCACUGGCACUCUUUGGCGCCUUUGUCAGCCGCGCCUCCAUCACAACGGUCGAUGUGUUGACACCGAAAGUAUUCAUUGGGUUGAUCGUCGGGGCAAUGCUUCCAUACUGGUUCUCUGCCAUGACGAUGAAGUCUGUAGGAAGUGCAGCAUUGAAGAUGGUUGAGGAGGUUCGUAGGCAGUUCAACACCAUUCCUGGACUAAUGGAAGGUACUGCUAAGCCCGACUAUGCCACCUGCGUCAAGAUCUCCACUGAUGCCUCUAUCAAGGAAAUGAUCCCACCUGGCGCACUUGUCAUGCUCACUCCCCUCGUUGUCGGCAUCUUCUUUGGUGUUGAGACCCUCUCCGGUGUCCUUGCCGGAUCUCUCGUGUCCGGUGUGCAGAUUGCUAUCUCUGCAUCGAACACUGGUGGCGCAUGGGACAAUGCCAAGAAGUACAUUGAGGCUGGUGCAUCGGAACAUGCCAGAUCGCUCGGCCCAAAAGGAUCAGACCCACACAAGGCAGCAGUCAUUGGUGACACCAUUGGAGACCCGUUGAAGGACACAUCUGGACCAUCUCUCAACAUCCUCAUCAAGCUCAUGGCUGUCGAGUCCCUCGUCUUUGCCCCAUUCUUCGCCACUCAUGGUGGCUUGCUGUUCAAGCUUUAA